CUAGAUAACACAGACACAAAGUCAACCUGGGCUACAUCGUCAAAGUGUAUGAAACAAAUGGCUUUUUGGUCUUAAUUUAAGGGUAGGUUAAGAUUUGGUUAAUGUUAGGGUUACAUUUUAAGAAGAGCCAUUUUUUUUUUUUUUUUAAAUAGGCGGGGUAUAUGACUUUGUGACUGUGGUAACUAGUGACGACUCAUUCUCUUCUAAUGUCAGUCAGAGAAUGAUUUUCUCUGCUCCGAAAUCUGCAGAAUAGAAAGCGUAUGUUGUCGGUUAGCCUGGAAGUAAACUCAACGAGCCUACCUUGUCAUGAGUGUUUUCUGUAGCUUACUCUCGAGAGGACUUCUCUGCGGACGGGCAACAUGUCGGUUUGUAACCGGACAGCAGGAUUUCAGCGGUGGCGUGCUGCGGAUGGCUCGGGCGGUUGGCUCGACCAGCCCUGUGAACCUAACCUAUGARGUGUUUGACGGGACAGGGGACGGCACCCCCCUGGUCUUCCUCCAUGGGCUGUUUGGCAGCAAGUCCAACUUCCACUCUAUAGCCAAGUCCCUGGUGCAGAGGACAGGCCGAAAGGUGCUGACGGUCGACGCCCGUAACCACGGUACCAGCACACACAGCGCCGAUCUGACCUAUGAGGCGAUGACCAAUGACUUGACGCACUUGCUCGCCCAGCUGCACAUCGGGAAGUGCGUCCUGAUUGGCCACAGCAUGGGGGGCAAGGUCGCCAUGACUACGGCCCUGUCGCAGCCUGGCCUGGUGGAGAGGUUGGUGGUGGUGGACAUCAGUCCAGCCCAGACCACCACCCGUACCAACUUCCACUCCUACAUCCAGGCCAUGAAGGAUGUGAAGAUCUCUAGCGACAUCCCUCGCUCGACUGCCCGCCGCAUGGCCGAGGACCAGCUACGCAAACUGGUCAAGGAGCGCUCAGUGCGCCAGUUCCUGCUGACCAACCUGGUGGAGCAGAACGGACACUACGCCUGGAGAGUCAACCUGGACGCCAUUGCCGCGCACCUUGAUGACAUCAUGAGCUUCCCUACCUUCGAAACCACAUACGAGGGCCCCACCCUCUUCCUGGGCGGAGCCAGUUCUGCCUACAUCAGUUCUGAGGACUAUCCAGAGAUCCAGCGGUUGUUCCCCUGUGCAGACAUCCAGUACAUCCCAGACGCCAGCCACUGGAUCCACGCAGACAAACCCCUGGACUUCAUCAGCUCCAUCAGCUCCUUCCUGCAGCCCUAACCUACCCUGCUCCAACCCUGUUUACCCACCACCACCUAAUUACUAACCCUACCCUGCUCCAACCCUGUUCACCCACCACCACCUAKUUACUAACCCUACCCUGCUCCAACCCUCUCCACCCACCACCACCUAAUUACAGGACAACCACUGGCCUUUAACAUUAUUCACACUAAUAUGGCACAGCACAAAGCCACUAUUAUCCAAUGACGGAAAAGAUCAAGCUCCAAAGGGCAUUCUGUGUUGCGAAGGCUCUGAGGGUGUCUGUCACUGCUGUUGCCUAUACUCAUCAAAGUUCAAAUAAUUGUUUGACCUUUCCAACGUAUGUGCGUGGUGUUCUCGCUGUGAGCAAAACGCCUUGUGCGAAUAAUGUGAAAGGCCUGUUAGGCUCCGCCCACUCACACUGGGGUCCACCUCUUCAAACAGCCAGUAGGUAGAGCUUCAAACCAGAGGAGGCACAGCCAUCUUAGUAGACAAUGCUAAUAUUGCUAACCCUGGACCAAACUCACUCUUUCUUUCCAUGCUGUUUAUCUUGCGCUUAAAGGAGCUGUAUAGAAUGGAAUGUAUGGAAAAUGCCCUUAAUAUAUCUAUAGUAAUAGUGGAAUGAUAGUGUUUCAUCAUUUUCCUUCCCCAAGAAAGGUUAUUGGGCUCACACAAAAUUACAUUCUAAUGGUGCAGCCUUCUUAUUGGUCAACAAAAGACGGACCUUCUCUUGUGAAAUUGACAACGAGUUACAUAUAGCUCCUUUAACCGCCAUAUUGUAAUACAAUCAAGGAUUUGUGUAAAUGUAUUACCGUACUUAAUAGAUAUGUAAAUAGUAAGAAAAGUAGGUAGUUGGGUAGUCAGAGGUUGAGAUUAUAUUUAAAGUAGAUAGAUUGACAGUUUUGUUUUUAAAUGAGGGAGUUGUUUUAGGUAUGAGUUACUAAUCCAAAGAUCCUCUCGUCAUUGUUGCACAGUACCAUUCUACUCUAAUCAGGUUGAUGUAAAUCAGCAUUGAAGAAAGUCUUCGAGCCAGGUCUUAUCUAGUCUAGUCUGGACAUGUUCUGUAUGUAUCUGGCUAUGUCUCAAAUGGCACCCUGUGUCCCAUAUAGUGCACUAGUUAAAGAUGCACUAUGCGGAAACCGCUGUGCCAUUUCCUGGUUUCAAAAAUUCUAAUAGUUUGCCUAAUUUCAGUUUGUGAGAAACAGAAAAGUAAUAGUGUAGAGAAUCAUUGUACCGURU